GGGUUAAACUCACACAACUACGGUGGAAACCUUCUUGCCUUCCACCUUAUGGGCUUCUUGUCCGUUGUGGUCUGCCACAAGCAGUAUGGGAGACUCCCAGUAGUCCUGAGAAGGGGUUAAACUCACACAACUACGGUGGAAACCUUAUUGCUUUCUACCUUAUGGUCUUCUUGUCCGUUGUGAAACAUCGAUUCCAUAAUGAAGAUGUCAAUAACUUCUGGAACGAAAUCGAGUUAAUGUAUAAUAAUAAAGAAAAGCAACGUCUAGAGUCAGAAAGAUCUGUGCGAACAAAACAGUGCCAUGUCAAUAUAAGUAAUAAGACGCAAUGUAUGAUGGAGAACAUAGCUGAGGAGACCGCGGAAGCUCAUUUAGCAACAACAAAAAAGAGAUCGACCGGAAAAAGAAAAUCCAUAUGUUAUAGUCAUAGUCAUACUGAAAGUUCAAAGGAAGAGGAUCAUUCAUCAGAUCCAGAUUACAUAGAGAAACCUAGGAGAAAUAAAAAACCAAGGUCAAACCGAUCACGUAGAAAAGUGGAGCGUGAUG